AUGUUAAGAGUCAACAACGUUAGAAUGUUUUCCAAGGUGGUCCUGCGGGCCACCUCAGGAACAGGCAAGGCCAGAUCUUUGUCACGCUUGUCAUCAGCAACAACGGCAACAAAAACAAAUAUUGCAACUCCUUGUUUAGCAUCUGUUGGAGUUAGAUUUGCUUCUCAGCUCUCACACGUUAAAACCCCACCAAACCUUCAAAAUGAGCCUGUCAAAAACUUUGGUUUCAACGAUGUCAAGGAUUGGGAUCUUUUACGCGCAUCAUUGACCAAGUUUACCGAUGAUGGAGCAUUGAAAGUGCCAAUUGUUAUUGGCGGCGAGAAGAUUUACCGUGAUGACAUCAAGCCUCAAUUGAACCCUGCUGACCACUCGCAAAACUUGGCUGACGUUUCUCAAGCUACUGUUGAGGAUGUUCGCACUGCAAUUGAUGCCGCCAAGGCUGCCAAGCUCAAGUGGUCACAAACCUCAUGGACUGAUCGUGCUGCUAUUUUCCUUAAAGCUGCAGAUUUGAUCUCUACCAAAUACCGUUAUGACAUACUUGCUGCCACAAUGUUGGGUCAGGGUAAAAACGUUUACCAGGCUGAAAUUGACAGUAUUGCCGAGUUGAUUGAUUUCUUCAAGUUUAAUGUCAAGUACGCCGAAGAGUUGUAUGGACAACAACCAUUGCAAACAUCGCCUGGUGUGUGGAACCGCGCUGAGUAUAGGCCAUUGGAAGGUUUUGUUUAUGCGGUGACGCCAUUCAAUUUUACCGCUAUUGCAGCAAAUUUGGUUGGAGCUCCAGCAUUAAUGGGAAACACGGUUGUUUGGAAACCAUCCGCUACUGCUGCCUUGUCCAACUAUUUGUUGCUCACUAUUUUGGAAGAGGCUGGUUUGCCAAAGGGUGUGAUUAACUUUAUUCCUGGUGACCCAGUUGAAGUAACUGACACUGUGUUGAACGACAAGGACUUUGCCGCAUUACACUUUACAGGAUCCACUGAUGUCUUUAAGCACCUUUACCACAAAAUCAGUACAGGUGUUUUGCAGGACAAGUAUAGAGAUUUCCCAAGAAUAGUUGGUGAGACUGGUGGUAAGAACUUCCAUCUUAUCCAUCCAAGUGCAUCGUUGCACCACUCUGCAUUGUCUACAUUGCGUGGAGCAUUUGAGUACCAAGGACAGAAAUGUUCGGCAACUUCUAGAUUGUACGUCCCAGAGUCCCUCUGGCCAGAGUUUAGAGAUAUCUUGGCCGGUCAAAUGUCUCAGAUUAGUGUAGGUAACACCUCGAGUUCCACUUCGCUCAACUCAUUUGUUGGUCCAGUGAUUCACGAACAAUCUUUUGACAAGUUAGCCAAUGCUAUUGAUCAAGCCAAGAACGAUCCUGAGUUGGAGAUUAUCAGUGGAGGUUCUUAUGACAAGAGCAAAGGUUUCUAUGUUCAGCCAACAUUGAUUAAAACCACAAACCCAGAACAUGAGUUUUUAACAAAGGAGUUCUUUGGACCAAUUUUGACUGCGUAUGUAUACCCUGACUCGCAGUAUGAGCAAAUCAUUCAAUCUAUUGACUCGGUGACCAAAUAUGGAUUGACUGGCUCUAUAUUUGCCAGGGACAGGGAUGCUAUUAGAUUAGCUGAGGAGAAUUUGAGAUACUCUGCUGGUAACUUUUACAUUAACGACAAGUCAACAGGUGCAGUUGUUGGACAGCAAUGGUUCGGUGGUGCUAGAGCCUCUGGUACAAAUGACAAAGCUGGAAGUGCAAAUAUCUUGUCAAGAUUUGUCUCUGUGAGAAACAUCAAGGAGAACUUCUACGAGCUUACAGAUUUCAGAUACCCAUCCAAUUACCAGUAA